CUCCUCGCGGCUUAUGCUAGAAGACUACGUGGGACCAGCAAUGGACCGCAUGAGCGGAAAUGGAGCUGCCAGGAUUGGAAUGAGCCUAUCACUAAGCAACGAGGCGAAUCACCGUUCAACUCUUGGUGCUUACGUAGAAGUACAGAAUCCAAAAACCCAACAGUGGUUGCCCAUGGUGUUGACGUGCAUGCACUGUGUCCUCCCGGUUCCUGAUCAGGCGGACAUCCCAUCUGAGAAUAAACGCGUUUAUGAUCGCUUUCGCCAACACGGUAUUGCCCUAAGUGACGACAAAGCUUUACUGUGGGUAGACAGUCCCUCUGUCAGCGAAGUCAAUGAAAAGAUCCGGAGCAAGAAAAGGGGCUUAGAGGAGCGCCAGAAAAACCCUGUCUACCAGAUGGUCGAGCUAGAUCAGGUAAAUAGAGUAGGCUACGGUUCGCCGGACGAGCGUACGUGGAGACGGGUGAAACGAGAAAUGGAGGGACUUCAAUCGGAGAUAGACGGGUUGGAGACGGACAAAAAGAAGGGAAAGUUUCGCUUGGGACAGGUGUUUGCCGGCUCGGGCCUCCGAAACAAGCAUCUCACUACCAUCAAGAUCAAGGAUCCGAAGACAACGCGUCCUUCAAUUAUGGAUUGGGCUCUCAUCCGCCUUGUGGGCCGGGCUACAGGCCAUAACACGUCAUCGGACUUGAAAACUUAUUCGCACCGUUUCACCACGCUUGCCACCGUUGCUUCUCCUCCCCACGAACUCCGGAUUUUCAAACUCGGCCAUACCGCAGGGUGGACGGAGGGUCAGUACAACGGUCUUCUGCUUGCCAGAGUAGCGGAAGAUGAGGCUGGUAACAUCGUCGUAACUCAUGAACACAGUUUUAUCAGUCACAACAGCCAAACUGGCAAACCUGUGAUCGGCCCUGGGGAUUCCGGAGCCCUUGUAUGUGAUCAUCAGGGCGGAGUAUGGGGCAUGGCUUUGGGGGGCGACGAGAUAGGCCACACCGGGUACUUCACUCACAUUCUCGACCUGUUCGAAGACAUUGAAUCGGUCUUGGGAACGGAAAUUCGCCUGAUGGGUCUAGAUUGAAUGUUCCUUCGGGCAGCAUGCAAAACGAGCAUGACGUUGCAAGGGGCACUCAUCCGACUGGUGAUCGGACUAGGUUAUUAUCUGAAACGAAAGAGGUGGGCUGUGGGCUUGGAUUGAAACUAGGAAUUCUCUUUGGUAGGGUGCAGGCAGGCUUCGGUAGUGGUUGUUGUGAAGAAGAGGUUGCUGAAGGUCCUUAUCAUAGGCCUUUUUCUCCACUUCUCUUCCCUGGUUCUCCAAGUCCAAGAUUAUGGGUCUUGUUAGCUCUUGUUCUACCGACUCAUAUUAGUUUUCUGCUUGAGACUUAUUCUGAAU